GCAUGUAGGUAGUAAAUUCGCGCUUACACAGUUCGGCGCUCUCUUUCUCUCUCUCUCUGAACAUCUAGUUAUUUUCCUUUUCUAAUAACACGCACUUGGACUUAUGUCAUUGGUGGUGAUCGUUCUGCUGGGGCUGUUCGUCCUGGUCGGAUGCCUGUUGGGGCUUCACGCCAGGCGCGGUCGUGGGAAGGGGCAACCCUGGGGGGCCCGACCUCCUGCGCCAUCCUCCACAGGGGGCACCAGGGAUGCCAGAAAUCACCGGGAUGCCACCGAGAGCGAAGAGGAGGAGAACGGGGCGGAGAGGGGUCCUCGGACGCGACCACGACGGACGGCCGGCGAGGGUGAACCGGCAGGGAUGCGGCGGCGCCGCCCGGCUCAUCGGCGUCGACAGGAUGGCGCCAACGAGGAGGCGGAGGGCGGCGCACGCUCGCAGGGACCCCUAAGUCGCCUGCAGCGCAUGAAGCAGGAAAGGGAGCGGGAGCGGGCGGAACGGCGGCAAGCCGACGAGGCCGAGCAAGAGGCUCGACGCAGGGAAAAAGAAGAGACGGACCGACGUGCGACGCAACACGCCGAGUCUGAGGAGGAGUGGGCGGUACGAGAAAACGCCGCGCUUCAGGAGCUGCGUGAUGCCAAACGGAAACACGACGACGAGGAGUACGCGAAGUGGGUGGGCCACAUUGAGGUUGAGGAGUGCGGUGAGCUCGAGCAGGAGACGCAAAAAAGACGUGAGGCGAUCAUUUCCUUUUUAAAACAGCGAGCAAAUGAAGUAAAUGCCGGAAUUUCUGACCAUUCGAAGUACCCGACGGCGACUUCGUCACUCAAGAACAACGGCUGCGAUAGCGAAGCAAAUUGCGAGGACUCUGACAGUAGACCAUCCAACAUCCUGGUGCUGCAGGAUACCGCGCGCACUCUGGAGGUUUCGGUUGAGGAGCUUGUCGCUGUGAUCGAGGAGUUGGUCAGAGAGGACACCCUCUUCGGCGUGUUUGACGAUCGUGGGAAGUUUGUUGUAAUGUCGGAGCUGCACUUCCCAAUGAUAGCGAAGUUUAUCAUUCAGAGGGGGCGUGUCUCGCUCACGGAGCUUGCGCGGGAGUGCAAUCGUAUUAUUCUGCAAAAAUGA